AUGGCAGGAGAUAAGAACAGCGUACUGAAGGUCACCGGCCGGGCUGGGAUUGCUCGUAGAACUAGGGCUACUAAGAAGACCAAGAAUCCAUCCCAGGUGCUUUUAAAAACAAGCGAUAUCACGUGUGACAGAAUCUGGUCGUUAUAUAAAAGCUACCCCUUCUUUAUGAAAGGAAAACCUCUCCAUCUUCCUAAAUACGAGAUACCACAGCCCUCAAAUACCUUGUUGUCCUGGGCUAAGUCAGGGUCCAGCAGCCGUUCCUCCGCAGAGACUGAUGGCAGCGAGGCACAAGCAAGUCAGGCUGAAAUCGUCAUUCCAGUGCGCGAAAACAAACUGCAGGAGCCUCAUGGUGAACCUCCAGCGUGGGCUGAGGAUCGAGUUGUGCUUGCAGAUGCACUUCCAUGGUUUCAUUCAGUACAGGGAGGCUGCUAUUACCUUGACAACAUCUGCCGUGGCGUGCUGAUGGAUGGAGACUGUGGCGACCGAUCACACAUAGAUGAUGAGGUUGUCAUCACCAGAGUGGGCGGCUCAUGCAAGAAGACUAAGGAAGGCAAGUUGGUCAUGACCAAAGACCACGAUCCCAAUGGUCCUAUCCUUCGGUCUCUCGUAAAUUCCAUGAGGUUUGAGAUUCCUGUCGGCCUCAUACUAGGGGGUAAAAAUACCGAUUGCCGCGUAAAGGUCCCAUAUAAUUAUAAUGUGUUGGGCUUUUUCAGGAUUACGGAUAUCUGGUUCGAGCAAGUCGGAAAGUUCAAAGGUGCUCAGUUACGCUUCGAAAAGCUCGACCUCACAACCAAAAGCUGGUGGUCACCUAAGGGCUCAGCUGACCCCCUUCCCCUGAAGGAGCGCGAGUCCGUGACGCCAGCACAAGACCCGGUCUGCAUCUCAUGCUCAAAGGGGACAGCUCAGGUCUUUGCAGAAGGUUGGAUGUGCCUUAACCCGUUAUGCACCGAAUUUUGGAAAAUGAAUGGGUCAAUGCCGGCGCCACAGCUCACUUUCGCCCAGGAAUUUCUGACAAAAAGGUCAAAACCAACCAAUUCUGUCCAGCCUCCUUGCAGUUUGGUGCCUGACCUCCUUUCGACUUUUUCCAAUGACCAUACCGACGUCACUGGCACACGUAUGGCGUGGAAAGGAAUCGUCUGCCCGGAGUGCAGAGCGUGCAUUGCCAGAAUCCAUUGGAGGUGGUGGGAAUGCUCGACACCCGGCUGCACAUUCCGAUACAGCCCACCAAUGAACCAUGUUUCUUUACGAUCUGUGUUGCCUGAUUUGGAGAUGGGUGCCUCGGGACAUAGGCUACCAACUAUCCCUAAGGAUACAAGCUCCAUGCCAACAAUUCAAUACAUGAAAAACUACCGUAAAGACACCUUUGUUCUCCCGGGUGCUGGCGUUGUGACCCAUUUUGCGGCAAAUCGAACCAUAAACAGCCGGCCACGCGGACCUGAUGAUCUUUUCAACAAACUGCAGGUGGAAGACCUAGGUCUUAGAAGAUACCCUAUCUCUCCUUGUAUAGUUGCUGGAACCCUGACUUCUCACUUUGCCGUUAACUAUGUUAUCAUCAGUGCUCUCGAACGUCUCAAAUGGGCGACGAAGCAAACAGUGAAGGAAGAAGAGUUCCAGACGCCUAACGAGCUCCUUGCGCUUGGAUACUUUGAGGACAUGUCGAUCGGAUACCAUGACGAUGGCGAAUCAUCCCUUGGACCGACCAUCGCAACACUCUCGCUCGGAGCACCGGCAACCAUGCUGGUCCGGAUGAAGGACGAGUACUAUAACGGCUUCCGGAAAAGAGACAAGGAGAAGAUAUACCUGCAACACGACCCGGUUCUUCCAGGAUGCGCUAACGAAGAGGCAAGAGCCGAACUUGCACGGAAGUUCCACGCGAGCGAAAUUACCGCAGAAGAGUAUCUUACUGCGCGACAAGCUCUGCCCACACCAAGAAGAGAGGCGCCGCCCCUCUGUACGAUGGCGCUCAAUCAUGGUGACUUGGCCGUUAUGCACGGACCUGAUUUACAGAAGUACUAUGAGCACUCUGUUAUACCCUCAGGCCGACUUCGAUUCGCUCUAACUGCUCGAUACGUGAUGCCUGACGAGGUGCCAGUUUCUGAGCACUGGAAAGAUAAAUCUCCGUGUGCAUCGCCUGGGCCAAACCAAGAGGCCCGUCAAAAAUAG